AUGGCACCGAAGUUGUCAGAAGAUGAGAUCGAUGAUCUCAUCUACCUGGCCAGGAUUGGCGACGACACUGAGCUCACGGAGAUGGUCCAAGAGCUCACUAACCGUGAGGCUGCCACACCUGCCGAGAUCUUAGAGGCUGCCAGAGACGACAGCAAGGCAACUUGCUUGCACAUGGCAUCAGCGAAUGGGCACGCAAAAACCGUCACAUCAAUACUAUCACACUUUCCUCCUCCCAAAACGUCAAAAGCAGCAAUUACUCAGGCGUCGUCUACAGAAGAUAGUUCGCCCUCAACAGACGUGUCAACAGAAACCUCGUAUGUCAACCUCCAGAACUCGUUUGGAAACACAGCCCUACAUUGGGCAUGCCUAGGUGGCCAUCUAGAUGUCGUGAAGCUAUUACUGUCAAGGGGCGCCUCACCCACAGCGGCCAAUGACAAGGAUCAAAUCCCACUAGACCUAGCGGCUUUCAACAACCAUAUGCAUGUCGUGGAGUAUUUUUUGUCUCAAAGCAAGGACAUCGAAGGGGAUAACGCAAAGGAAGGCGGGCUUGAGAAAGGUACACAGAAUGUGCGGAUGGAAGACGAGAGCCAUGGUGGAGAAGAAGUUGGUUCUAAGGUAGAGCCAGGCGGUUAG